AUGGGAAGAAAAAUCUUUAGUUUUUCACUUAUUUUUUUAUGUAUGGGAUUUUCACUAACCUUGGACCAGUUACUUGCCAGGAAGAACGUAAGUUUCAGCUCUCCAACAUCUUCAAAUAAAGAAGUGGUUAUGAACAAUGAUCAGCAGAAUAAUGGAGGAAUGAAACCAGUGCAGGAUUUCACAACAAUACGAAUCACACAGGCUCUCAAUUACAAUCUGAGCAGACAAAGAUUAGAAAAAGAACCUUGGAAUGCAUUCAGCCAUCAUAGCCCGGUUAAUGUCUCUGUGGAUGGAAUUCCCUGCAUUCUCUUUUGGGCCAAAAGAAUAACAAAAUUUAAGAAUCAGACCUGGCUGGACCUUACAGAUGAAGCCAUUGGCCACAAGGCAACAGUGGACGCUGGCAACUCAAACUGCAGUGAAGGAAGUGCCAUGUUGUCUCUGAAGUUUGGUGAUGCUGAAAAUCCCAGAGGUAUUGAUAUAAGAUUCACCCUUACCAGUUACAACAAAUUGUCCAUCCAGAGCUGGUUUAGUUUGCACCGAGUCGAGGUUAUUUUCAAUAAUUCAAUUCCAAUAACUUUUAAUGCAACUGGCAUGUUUGCUCCAUCAAGUUACUCCUACCACUGCCAACGCGUCAGCAGCCUGCAGCGGUAUGAUGCCCUUUUGUUGCCCAGCGACACCAAUGAUAUGUCAAGCCUGUGGGAGGUCACUUUUGUUGAUUUCCAGAUCCAAGGCUUUCCAUUAAGGGGGGGACAGUUUUCCAAGGCCCGAGACUGCACCUCUUCCUUCUCACCAGCCAUUCCAGUCAGCCUGGCAAUGUCCCUGACUGCCCUGCACAUGCUCAUCUACCUGUGCUAUCUGGACUGGCACUAUGAUUUCAUCGCCUCUCUGGCUCACUUCUGCCAGUUGAAAGCUCGAGAUGCAUCAGAAGAGAAGGAGCUGCUGAGGAGCCAGGGAGUCGAAUGCUAUGAACUGAGAAGCCAACAGAUCUGCAAAAUUUAUGUUUAACAGCACAGGUCCCUCUUCCUCAGGAAGUCCACGAUAGGCUCUGAAAGGAGGUGUUCCUGUUGUGUGCUGUUUGACUUGUGAUAUAAGAUUUUCACCAAAAGGCUUGAUUUUCUUUUUUUAAAGGAAAUACAUGCAAAGAAUACAUUUUGGAACAUC